GGAGAGUGUUGAACUAAUCUGCACUUAACUGGAGAUGAUUUUACUUUUACAUAUAUCUUAAAUUAUGGGUUGAUUUAGAAUCUUAACGUGAAGCGUCUGUCAUUGUCUGGCAAGGCCUUCAGCAUGGCAACGAGUGACGAUUCUUGAGCUAAUGCAACUUUUGUGUUUUUCGGGCGGCGUGCGUUGUCCGAGAUCUGUCUGCUGAUCGAAGGUAAUUUUAAAAGCUUAAGUUUGUUCGUUUCUUGAAAAGGUUCAAUAGGAGGGGAGAUAUCUUACUCAGUAAUCGUACAUCUAUUGCAAUCAUUUCGAAUGUCCCUCGCGGGAGAACGUGUUUCAAAUUACUGCUGGGUGUAUCGCGUGAUGUUUGCUACUACUGCUCUGAGUACUAGCGUGACUCCGCCAUCGUGGGCUCUGGUCGUUUCAGCAAGCUGUUAUGUCGGAAAUGUCAAAGCGAAAAGCGUGAAGGCUUUUUCUUCAUCUAAGCCUCGUUUAGUAUUUGAAAGAACAAGAAGUUUUAAGUAGCAUAAGGGUUGCUAGGGAUGUGGAAUAUAGAGCUUUGACUGUUCGAUUUGUUCUAUUGGCAAUUUGCUAGUACACCAGUGGUUUAUCUUGUCUACUUAUUCGCAUUCCAUGAAUUGUUUUAAAUCUCAAGUAAAUGAGAAAGAAAACAACAGACCAAUCCAGAAUAUUCAGAAUGAUUCUGGUUUUCCUUUACUUUUCAAUAGUCCUUUGUAAUCUUAUCGAAAUGUGGCCUGUGAUUACUUUUAAGGUUUAGAGAGUCAGACACUUAGACAUGUCUGGAUUAACGAUCCUAAACAACCCUUGUGACGAAAUCUGGUAAGUUUUCAUGUUUUAUUGAUGCUUCUUUAGUUCCGUGAUAUGAAAAUAUGUUGAAGUUUCAGUAAGUUCUUAUGGAGUAACCACUUGAUUGUAAUAAUCAGAAAAGGAUUUUUUAAGUGGAAGUCAAACAGACUUCCAAGUGCAACCUAUUGGUAACCCAGAUUGUGAAUUGGUUGCCAGAGAUAAAACUUUACUUGUUAAGAAUCAGAUCCUUUGUACUGAAGUGCAUGACAUGUUUUCUACUGUUUUAGUUAGAAAUUGUGGUUUUGGCUGGCAAUAUUGUGAUUUGAGAAUUCAGUGACAUUUUUUGGGCUUAUUAGUCAAACAACCAAAAAGAAAGAGGAAAAUUUAUUGUCUAGAAAACAAUGGAACAUUGACUCUAGAAUUUUAUGAAAAUGCUAUACGUCACCGUCAAACAGCUAGAUAUCUUGAACAGCAUAAGUUGCACCUCAAAUCAACUGGAACUUGAACCAUAAACACCAAGCAUUAAAAAAAGACAGUCAAGACUGCAUGUGGCUAUCAAUACAGCUUAAUUUUCAUAGCAUUGAACAGAACUAGAGGCUAUAUAAUGAUGCUAGAAGGUAGUGUUGCAGAAGAUUUCUUUCACAUGUAAAACAGAAAACCUCUUGCAUCCAACAUAUUCAUGAGUACCAUGUUCCAUAAGAAAAAGAUGAUUCAAAAGGAAAAAUUGAGAUGAGCGUAGUUUAAUUAUUAUUGGAACCUAGCAGAUAGAAGAACCAUAAGGCUUUCAAGCCAGCCCCUCUUAAUUAUUACUAUUACUAUUUCUAUCAUUUUCAUUAUUAUUAAUAUGAUUAUAUUGUGUUUCUUUACUUCAGCUUGGUUUAUAAGUAAAUACAUCUCGAUCAAGUAGAGUUUCCAUGUGCUGGAAAAAAAUUUUUUCAAAGACUUUCAGCUAUAAGCCGGGACCUCCUCUAGAGCCCAAAUUUUAAUUCACUUCAGUUUUAAUUUGUGUAAAAAUUGCUUGGCAUAUAGUUGAAUAAAUACGGUCUUUGCUAUCGUUAAGUUACUGGUUGAACAUCAACUAGUCACUGUAUUCUUGAAUCAUCUUUCUUUUAUGAACCAGGUUACCCAUGAAUAUAUGGGAUGUAGCAGGCUUUCUGUUUUACAUGUGAAUGCAAAUCUCCUGCAACACUUCCUUAUAGCCUCUCUAUGCAAUCUCUAUUUCUGUCCAAUCUUAUAUCAGUAGUUACCUGCAGUCUCAGACUGCCUGUUUUGUGAAUAUGUAACCUAAAGGCCUUUAUUUGUGUUGAGUGAAGUGAAGUUAAUUUAGACAUUGUAAUUUUUUAUUUUCAGCAGCUGCAUUCAAUAUUAAAGGUUUCCUGUGAUGUCUGGGCCAUCAAAGGUAAAACUAAUAACUCAUAAAUUUAAUUAUGAAGCUACGAGAAUUUUCAGUUCAAAUAGAACCCUUUUCCUGUAAAGUUAAGCAUGACAUUUAUACCUUUGUUUGUCAUUGUGUAUCUUGAAACUCAGUCCUUUCAGGUUCUUGACCAAGGACAAACUAUUCAUUGUUGUCAGAAUCUUUCAGUAUUUAAUUGUACAGUUAUGCAAUGAAAAACUCACUUAAAGUAUCUUUAAGGAACGUUUUUCUGUCAACACUUGCUGAAGACAUUUAUGUCCCAAGCAGGUGCGAGUGGCUUAAUUACUCCUUUAUUCCUGUAACUUUCUACUUUGUCAGUAUAUCUGCCCAUGGAUGUCUUAAGCAAAAAUAAAUUACAAGUCUUUCAUAGCUUGGUAUUGCUUGCAUGCCAGACACUGUUGUUCCAUCAGUUGCAAGAUCUAAACAGGUGGGAACUGCCUUGUUUCCAUUCUAUACACUUGUGUUAAUGGGGUAUUCCUUGAAAGAGGUUCACACAGCAGAGUGGUGAGUGCCAUGGGUAUUAAUUCACUCGCAGCUCAAUCUGGUUUUUUUGUAGUUGCUCUAAUUUCAUCUGGCUGACAGAUUGGGUUUCAAGUUGUGCAGGAUCAUCUAUCCCAAAUUUCUACAAAUGGGAAGCAUUUCUCUAGUGUUGGGUCCCACUUGGAGUUUCUAUAACAAUACUGUUGCCAGUCUUGCUAACCACUUGGGUUUACAUUGGAUUGAAUGAUGUGGAGAACUAGUCUUUUUGUCUUUCACUAGCACUUGAUCACCAAUGUGAAUAUCUGAUUGUUUUGUGUUUUUAGCCUUGUCUGUAUAUGCUUUAGUCUUUUCUUUUACCCUAACAAGUCUGUAUGUGGCAAUCAGCAUGUAGCUCAGGCAAUUUUGCUCCCAUUUUCCUUUUAACCCUUUGAAUAUCUGGAAUAUCUGAUUGUUUUGUGUUUUUAGCCUUGUCUGUAUAUGCUUUGGUUUUUUUCUUUCACCCUAACAAGUCUGUAUGUGGCAAUCAGCAUGUAGCUCAGGCAAUUUUGCUCUCAUCUUCCUUUUAACCCUUUAACUCCAAGAAGUGACCAACAUGUAACUUCUCCCUAAGAUAUCCAUACGUUUUCUGGCAAACGGUUAAUGAGAAUACUCAAACUUAUCUGGAAGAAGUUUCUAUCUUGAUUUUACACCAAAUUCUUGUAACUAAUUUACAAGGAAUUGUGUAGCAGCAAGAGGAGAGAAUUGACAAUCAGAUCUUGGGAGUUUAAAUAUUAAACAAUACCUCUCAGGACUUUUAGCCAAUCAAUACCUCACUACACACUUGCAUAUCUUCUUUAUCCUUUAUCCAGUCAACUUCUACAGCUUGAGCAAUGCAGGUCCUCUUCAUUAGGAUGGCAUUUUAUCUUUCAACUUCCCUAUUGGCCUAGGGUGGUUUUGGUGUGGUCUUAGGAUGCACAAUGCCAUUCUGCUUAGGGUAUUCUUGGAAUUGUCUCAAUCAGAAUUACGGUUUGCUGUCUGAUUUGAUAGUUAUGGGAAGCCCAUGGCUGCUGAGGAUCUCUUCUAGGUGGUCAAUCACUUCCACAUACUUAAGAUAAUGGCCAUAGUAGUUGACGACAAGUAGUAUGGAUGGUCCAGAUGGGAGUGGCUGUAGAAGGUCCAUGGCUUGGUCUCACUAAGGACCCUUUGGCAAUGUCAUUGAUGUCAACAGCUCAAGGGGAUAUGGAUGUGCAACCAGUUGACAUUUGUAACAAGAUUUGCAGAAUUUUUUUGCUGCCUCAUCCAUAGAAGGCCACCAUACUUUGCUUCUCAAUUUUUUUUUGUUCUAACAAUUGCAACAUGUAAGUGUCCUUUAUGAGCCAAGGUAAUGGUUUGGAGCCUUAGCUUGCUGGUCAGCACAAUAAAGGUACCUUCAUAGGACUAUUCACUGAUCACACACACAGUUCACAAGCAGCUGGUGCAUAAGCCUGGCAUUUAUCAAAUCAAACAGUUAUAUUUGCUGCUCUCAGAGCUUUUAGCUCUUCAUCCAUUGCAGAUACUUCUUCAAUUUCUCUUGUGGUGUGGUGCUGAUGGUUGCAAAUCGAAGAUACUCUUUAGCUAUGUGUUGAUGAUUUGUCACUUUGUUCUGACUCAGCAAAUGUGAAAGAGGGUCGGCUAUGGAUGUAGGUGGAUUACCCAAGGAUCAUUGCAGGAACAGGAUUUGGAACGGAGCCAUAGAUCACUUCUAGUUUGUGAUCAGUAACCAGAUCAAAUUUCAUCUCAUAAAUGUAAAUGUAGGCAUGGUACCUCUUGCAUGCUCAAAAAAGGGCAAGGGCUUUUAUUUCAGUCUGGAAGUAUUUACAUCCACACUGAGGCUGUGGCUUGCACAGCAAAUAGGCAGUUGGCACUAUUCUGGUUCCACAUUAACAGGGCUCUGAGGCCAGAAGGACUUACAUCUACAACAACCCUUGUUGGUGCAUUCUUUUCAACAUAUGGCAAUGUUCCUGCUACAGCCAUGUUCUGCUUUAGCUGCCCUUGUUAAGUUAGCUUAUUUGUCCCCCUCUCCCAAAACAAUGUUAUAUCCCGAUUCCCCAAACUUUUAGCUACAUACAGGCAACACUGAAUGGGGGAGGGGGUGUCAUGUCAAUGAUUCAGUGUGUGGUAAACGCAGGAGUGUCGUUCUACAUAAAUAGAACUCUACAGACUGGAUGUGCCUUAGAGCCAUUCAUAUUAUGUCACAGCCCUCUACUACUGGUAUGGGGUAACAACCAUGCACAUAUAUGCAGAGCCAAAUGUCACCAUCUGUCUUUGGAAUAAUUACUGCUGGUUUCACCCAUGGUGUUGGAGCAUCAACUUCUUCUAUGAUGUCAUAGUCUAAUAGUUCUUGAACUUUCCUUCCCACUUUGUUUUCUAAAUUGAAGGAAAUUUGCCUCAGCUGUGUGCUACUGGUUUCACUGUUGGGUCAUUGUGUGAUAUCACAUGUUUAGACUUCAACUUUCAAAUCCCACUGAACACAUACAGGAAUUAUUGUUGCAGUUCUCUGUUGAGUUCUCUGUUUGCCAACUAAAAUUUCACACACAAAACAGCCUUUUACUUCAAGAGGCUUGCUGGACGUAUGAGCAUGUUAUAGUUUCCUGUCCACAGGGGCAGUUUCAGAUUUACUCUUUAUCUUCUUAGCUUUUAAAUCUUCCCGGUUUUCUUCGUCAUCAGUGUUAUUGGUGGCCCCAGAAUCCACCAACAUCUCUAAUUCUACCCCACUCACAGACAACUUAAGCAAAUUUGAGUGGACUUCAUUACUGAUUCUGAAAGCAGUUAAUCAACUUGAUCCCUAUUUGCAUGUGAUUCUUCUUGUACUUGUUUAAGCCCAAGUUUUUUUGGUUUGGUUUUGCUAACACCAGCAAAAUGAUCUUUUCCUAUACACUUCCUUCAAGUCUGACCUCAGUAGCAAGGCAUUUUGGAUCUCCACCCAGGUGCCCACUGGACCCACAACUAUUGCAAUGUUUUUCUUGUUUGUUUCCUUUACUCUUUUGUUGACCAUUAGGUCUGCCAGGUUUUUCAUGAACCCUGUUUGCAUCUUCUGUACCCUGUUACUCACACUGAGAUGAGAUAUUUUGUGCUCUGCCCUUUCACACUGUUCUGGGAGUACUAACAUCCAAGUGAGGGUUAGCUCUUGCCUUUCUUCAAAUAAUUUGUGGUUUACAAUGUCUGACUUACAUUUGUCUCUUAUCUUUUUGUCAAAGUUUGCUCCAAAAUUGCAAUAUUUCCCUCCUUUUCUUAAUCCAGUUUCAAACUACAAAACAGUCCUGCCUUCCUUUUGUUGGGGUUGGUGACAUUUCUGACGAGCAGAAGCUGAGUUGACUAGGGAAAAAAAUAUCCAUUUAAUGCUGUAACAGUGGCAGGCGUAAUUGUUUGCUUUGCCAAUGUUCACGAGUUUAGAGAAGAUUUCUUGGACAUGUGGGCAUGUCAAAUGAAGUAGCAAAGCUGUUCUUCAUUGUCUUGUGGUUGCCUUUUUACCUUCAUUUAUAAUUAGACCUUUAUCAUCCACAAAUAAUUCUAUCGUGGUCCCAACAUAGCAGGCUCCAAGUCACAAUCAAAUCUAGGAAUUGCCUUUGAAGCUCUAUUUUUGUUUUAAGACACCUUGUGCCAUGCUCAUGCUGAGCUAAUUCCAUGCCUAUCCUCAUCGCCAAUGUUGUGCUUCCCUGCUAUGUAAAUGAACAACCAUGAAUUGCACACAAAUAAGCUGACCAUGUGGUUUUGUAUUCUUUUUUCUCUCUUCAUGCUCUCUUGGCCAUUGUUUUGUAACACAUGACAAAAAAUAUAUUUUAUUAUAACUUUUAUUUAUUAAUAUGAAAUAUAUUUUAUUAUUGCCAUAGAGAGAGCUAUUCUAAAUCUGUGCCAUUUUGCUCUUGAAGGAUUUGGCCACUCCAAGUGUAGCCCCUUCAUCACAGGAAGGCCAGAAAAACAGGAGACUGAAAGUCACUUUGCUGAGCAGUGAGUGGAGAUCAUCAACUGAUAGAGAAGUUUCAACUAUCAAUAGAAAGCUUGCUAUACAGUUAGCUAAGCAUCCUAAUGUGGAAGUGAGUGUGUUUCUUCCUGAGUGCAGCAAAGAGGAUAAGAGAGAUGCUGAGAGCCACCAAAUUCAGCUUGUUGAAGCAGAUAAACUGCCUGGUUAUGAACCAAUUUUUUGGUUGUCAUCUUUACCCAGAAACCAUGAUGUAGACUAUAUCAUAGGACAUGGAGUGCAUCUUGGCAAACAAAUUCCACUUAUAAAGAAGAAUCAAGACUGCAGAUGGAUUCAAGUUGUUCACAGUGUUCAUGAAGAAGUGGGAAUGUACCAGAACAUUUCUGAAGGAGAACAACUUCAGCAAACAGAAUUAGAACUUUGUCAGAUGGCCGAUGAGGUUGUAACAAUAGGAUCCAAAGUGGCAGAGGCUUACAAACGCUACCUUUGUUCUGCUAAAGAAGAGAAAACCAUUUUAGAUCUCACCCCAGGUGUUUUCUCUGAAUUUUUUAGUAUAGCACAAGUCACUGAUGAAAGGAGAACAUUCUGUGUUUUAGUGAUUGGAAGUGGUGACAGCUGUGAAGAUUUCAAUGUUAAGGGGUUCAACAUGGCAGCUGAAGCAAUUGCUGAGUUAAAAGAUGCAUCCUACAAACUGAGGUUUCUUUAUUCACUGAGAGAAAAAGGCAAGGAAAUAGCAGACAAGUUGCUUCAGCAUGGCAUCAGUUUUAAUCAGCUAAUUGAUCGCAACAUUGAUGACAGCAGAGACAUGCUGGCCAACUUAUUUUGUGAGGUGGAUCUUGCCAUAAUGCCAUCAAGGACAGAGGGUUUUGGAUUGCCUGGUCUUGAAGUGUUAUCUGCUGGUCUGCCUGUACUUGUCAGUAGUAAUUCAGGACUUGGAGAAGCUCUCAGAGAAGUGCCCUUUGGCUCAUUUCAUGUGAUAGACUCUGAAGAUCCUAAAGACUGGGCUGAAGAAAUUAAAGCUGUGCGUCAAAAGGAUAGGAAAUUACGCCUUCAGGAGUCAACAUUUCUUCGUGAUCGUUAUCAAGAAACUCAUGAGUGGGAGAAACCAUGCAAGAUCCUGGUGGAAAAGAUGCAGAACUUUGCACCUGGUAAAAAGCUUUCAUUUAUAAUAGCAAUGUAUUUGAAUUGGAUAACAGUGAAACAGUGAAAACAUGAUGGAAAAUACACUGUUCUAACAUGCCCAGACAUACUGUACAUGCUGUAGGCCAUUAAGGUUUUAAAUGAUGAUGGCCAAGACUCUUUAUUGGCCAGCUCUUUGUAGGAGUGGUCAAAGAAGAUAUCAAAUGCAUGUGCUCUCAUAUAUAUAUAUAUAGAGGUAGGGGGGGUCAGGGAAUUUGAAAUUAAUUCCAGUCAGACCAGCCUUCACCUGGGAGUAAAGUACAGCAUAUCUAGGUGCUUAGUGCUACGGAAAGCUUAAGAAAGGUUUGCUCCAAGGAACCAUUUUUUGAUAUACUUUAUCUUCAUAUGAUUAAUAGUUUGAUGUGUGUUUAUGGUUUAAAAUGUUUGUCUUCUUUUAAAUAUGAUUUCAGAUGCUUUAUCCUAUGAAUUCCACUCCACAGGUCCAACCAGUGAAAGUCCACAAAAACAAGAAGAGCUUAAAAAAUGGAAACUGAAGACAAAGAUUGUUGAGAAAAUGAAAAUGAAAGGUGAAAACAAAAUUAAAAGAUGUAUUAAGUUAUUAUGGAAAAUUGUUGUGAAAAGUAAUAACAAUUUUUUAUUUGACAAAACUUUGAAGAAUUGUCUCAAGGCAAUAAUGUGGAAUUGAUAAUUGGUAUAAUUAUUUUAAAGAGCACGACUUAUGGGUAACAUACAAAACAUAUCUGAAGAGAGGCUGUGAAUGCUUAUCUCUCCCUUUACUUUUUGCUGUUAGGUACUUCACCCCCCACUGUAAUACCCACUUCUGGUCACAGAAAAGAACUUAUAGAGAAAAUGCAAGGAAGGAAAGGUGAACAGGAAGCUCAGUUUGAAUUAAUUUUUCAAAUGAACAUGUUCAGUGUGUUCAGCUAUCAUGCCAGGUGUAAAGAACUGUGCUUUUGGGAUUAAGCAUUUAAGGUUGCUAGGGUCUGUAGGGUAAAACUUAACUGACAAUCAUUUGAAAUAGUUUCAGUUCUUAUUAAAAAUAUUAAUUUUAAAGAAAUUGACUCUUUCCACCCUAACAUCAAUAUUCAUAUUCUCCAUACUGUUCUCUGAUCAUUUACUAAGGUGCUGACAAGGAGAAUUUGUCUAACAAUCAAGAAUUUCUGUUAUUGGUGAUCAUUUCCUUUAUUCUCAUGACAUUAAUCUGUGAUUCAGUGGUGAUACUGUAAGGGUUAAAACCCAAGCGAGUUUUCCCUAAGGUAAUGUUAAGAUGGUAGUGGCUGGGGAUGGUGAAACGGUUUUAAUAACAAUGAUAAAAUAAUCAUAAUCAUUAUGAUAUUAUAAUUAUAGUAUAAUAAAGGGUUUUUCCAACCUUAAUUAUAAAUGAUGUAUUGAAAAACUGACAUUGAUGAUGUAUUUUAAAUAAAUUUCAUGCUCUAUAUAUAGAUGGUCACAUAUUGAUUUUCCAUGUUAUCAUCUCUCAGAUAAUGUAAAAGUAACACCAUGAAUACUAAUAUUGCUGUAAACAAUGUAAAAUAAUGUAAAUUAUUCCAAAUGUGAUUGUGCCUCAUUCUCUACCUAUGUUGAAGGGAAUUUGAGCUUGUUUGUGGAAUUAAAACAAUAUACAUGAGAUACAUAAUGUAUUUAUCAAAUUGAUUUUUUCAACAAUUUUUAAAAUCUAUCUUUAGGUAUGCCUGUUUCUGACUAAUAAUUAUUGUCAGUAGAAAUGCUAAUCUCUCUCUGUAUAACUUUGUUUUUAGGCAUGUUUCCUCUCCCUGUAUCUUCCACCUUUGAUCCUGAAGAAGUAGAAGAGCCACAUAUGAAACUUCCAAGAAUGGAAGGUAAAUAAAAGAUGCUGUUAAAUUAACUUUAAUGGUAAAACUAAACUAAGAAUGCUUUAAGAGUGUGCCCAUGAGAGCACCAGGCAGUCAUGCAACAUGCCAUCUCACCAAUUUCAAUGAAACUUUGCCAGGUUAAAGUGUCUACCCCAAAAUUCAAAUAGGCAAACUGGUUUCUGUUUAGGGUUAUUUCCAGGGGAAGAUAGGUCAGCCACCCUGGUUUUUCUUGGUCUUCACCAAGGAAAUUGCAUUCCCUUAGAUUUGGAAGUAAAAUAUGAAAAGUCAUUACCAACCAGAACCAAACCCCUUCUUCUAUUAAUUUCAAAGAACCUCAGUCUGUUAUCGGUAACUUUAUCUCUCAGUCACAGAUUUUAAAAGGCAUCCAAGACAAAAAUAUGGCAGUGCACAAAGAUGGUUUUCAGAGUUUGAAAUGAUGGAUUAUAAAGGGGAAUUAAAAUUAGUGUUAUAGCUUUCUAGCAAGGAAAGGUAUUUUACCUCAAAGUUAUCAAAUACUUGGAUGAACCAAAAAGUCUUAAAGCAGAGUCAUUUAUUUGCCUCUGUUGAUUGACAAGCCAUCAAUAAAAUUGACUCAUACUUGAGUUGUGCAUUAAUUAAGGAUGUAACAAGAGGUAUGUAAAGUCUCAGAGUAAUGGGUUAAAUACCAUCACAUUGAGAGCUUGAUACAUUUUACCUAUUUUGAAGUAAUUUCUUUGGUGAAAACCUUGUUCUUAGGUGCUUCAACCCACCUGAAAACCAAGGUCUCUCUCCCCUGGAAAUAACCAAAACAGAAACCAGUUUGCCUGUUUGAGUUUUGGGGUAGACCCUUUAAAGUGGCAAGGUUUCAUUGGAAAUCUGUGAGACUGCAGUAGCACAACUGCCUGGUACUCUUGUGGACACACUCCUUUUUUCCCAUCAUUUAAAAUGUAGAUUUUUCCCCAAUCUCUCCUUCAGUUUAAAGGAGUAAUGAGUUGGCUGUUGUGAGGGUUGAUGGAAUAGGCACAUUUAAGUUUGACAUGAGGAAGACACUGAAUGCCAAUUUUGCUUCACACUUUUGGUCUUAGGUGCUUCACCCCUAUCUGAUAUGUUCACCACUAUUCGUGAAAAAGAACAAGAAGAACUACCUAAAGCUAUGAGACUUCAGGAAAGAAAAGGUGAAGUGAAAAAAGAAUCAGGAACUCAGAGUAAGUCAAAUCUAAUAAGAGGUACUAAAUUUAUACAGUGGCUGAUGUAAAUAUUUGUAACAUUUAUAAACAUUUGAGCCCAAGGAACUUGCUUGAGAUAGAUCUAUAACACAACUUGUAUUUUUUUUAAUUCGUAUUAUUUAUUAUUAGCUGGUGUACUUGUUCUUCUGUCAUAUGAUUAAAUACAACUGCAUAGAUGACCUUUAGUUCAUGUAAUAUUCUGGAAGAGCAACUGCAACUGAAAUAUUGUUGGCAGUUUUUUCACCAAGAGAGCAGAAAUGUAGAUUCCUUUUUAUAGGUUAUCUUCUUUUGUUGAUGUGUGAUUGACUCCCAGUGGCUUCUUGUGAUGUUUUCCUUGCUCCAGAUGGGUUACUGUUUUUACCUGGGUUUUGCUUUUUGUUGUGCAACUCAAUUUAAAGAGAACUAUUAUACGUUUUAUCUGAUACAGUAACUCAACCUAAAGUCUUAAAACUUGAGAUGAUAGUCUGCUUAAUAUUUUCUUCUUCUUUUUUCAUGUUUUCUUCCUCUGGAAAUUAAAAAGAGUUAUCUAUAAGGAAUAACAAGAUCAGUGUUAAGAGGUAAGUAUGCUUGAAAAGUGGAGUACAGUUAUUAAAUUUUUUGCCUUCUCAUUUACUGAACAUAGGCAUGUAACCUCAAGGUCCAGUCUCAUUGCCUGCAUGGCUUCAACAAAUAUGUGUUUCAUGAAUUUGCUAGCAAAGUGAGAAAGAAAUAUCUGUGAGCGAGCCAUGUAGCAAAGUUGGAAAAGAGCAGAUUUUUUUUGUGUGCAUUUUUAAUGAAACAAUUAUUCUACUCAGGAUUGCAGAAUAUUAGAUUAUCAUUACCAACUUGGGACUAUUCACCUUGUUGGUUAUUUAUCAUCUCAUAUUUGGCACGCCCCAGCAGAAUAAUAGUUAAUUAGUGCUUUUGUUCAACAUCAAAUUUGGAGUACCUAAGGUAAAUAAUUGAAUUAUGUAACCAUGUGACGGAUGUUUGCAUUGAACAGCAUGCACAGAGAGUUACUAUUUGAUUGUUAAUAUUAUUGUUAUAAUUACUAUAUAUUACUGUUUUUGUUGACGAUAAUACCCUUUGUUCCAUCGAAAAGAAGACCAAAGAACCAAUACGAAGGGAGAACCGUAUUUAAUUUAAUAACACAAUUCAGUCUAAAGUACAAAGAAACAACGUUGGCCUUGCAAGCGUUCAAAACAAACAGAAAAUUAACUGUGAUAACCUGAAAAUCAACUAAAAACUUACUUCUUGACUGCCUCCGUACUUGUGGCAAAUAACUGGCUAGCAAUUAUACAACAACUGGUUAGCUUGGUUGAAGCUGAACUGAACAACUGAACAACUAGAUUACGCGUCAUAAAUUAGACGUUUUACGUGACAAACAUUGCGAUAAUUAUUGCGAUAUAUCGCGUUAUAUGAAUUCAAACGGAGCAUGCGCGGAACGGUAAACACAAGUAGCGCGCGCGUUAAUGAAAAGAAUUUUCAGUGAAACACCUUUUCUUGUUCCCUUUCUUUUUUAAUUUGAUUUCACAUCUCUCAUUUUACAGAAGCAAGAUUACCGAGGAAGGAGGGGUACUAAUGGUCCAAAAAGUUCCAUCGCGUGCAAUGAUCCCUCCUAAAGCCCUGUCAACAUGUACAGAGGUCACAUGUUCUUUAUGGAAUCUUCAGAUUCUAUCACCACCCCUUGGAAGAAAUGAGGCCUUAGUGAGCAGUGUGAUGGAACUAGCCUGUGGAAGCCUUCCUGGUACAGAGAAACGUUACGAGUUCAAUGUGAAAGUGAAGUUGGCUUUAUGCCACAGUGCUAGUGACAUUAAAGGAUACGAAUUAGUGAUCAAAGAAUUAAUCAAUGAGAAGACUAAUGAUUGGAGGGACUUGGAAACCAGAUGGGCUUGGACACCAUCAGGUAGAGGCUAUAUUGGUAAUUUACAGGGUACAGCCAUUCUUCCUUAGAAAUUUUGACCUCUUUCUUUGCACGAAACCACAAACAAUUUUGAAUGUAUAAGAAGAUACACAGGCUUUGUAUUUCUUUGUUAUAGACUUACUUUGUCAUUGAAGUAGGUCGUUUCAAUGUUCAUUUUUAUCUUAUGUGAUUGUCCAACGACCACUUCAGUUGUUUUACUUCUGAUAUGACAAUCGUGCUUGCCAGACACAAAUUGAAAGAACUGUUUGUAAAAAUAUGAAGCUGAAUCAACAGAGAUAUAUGAUUGAAAAUAGAGGGUUUCUGAUUGUCAAGAGGAAAGUUAACAACACCUUCUGCCUCAAUUCAGAUAUCAAAGAUGAGCAUUCCGGCGUGGAAGAAUUCCCAGACUGGUUAUUUCCGUUUGCAGAGGCAGAAAUUACGAGUUUUUCUUCGUUUGCCGUGGUCUGGCGUCUCAAGUCUUUCACGUUUAAAAACCUUUCGACCUUGUCAUCUCCCUUUCCCUGCAUUCUGUCAGACCAUCCAGGAGUGAGUGUAACAUUCCCUGAGAGUUCUCUGCCUACAGGAAAAACUUUAACUCUUACCGUAAAGGUACUUGUACACCACUUUUACCAGAAUCGCAUAUACUAAUAUUUUACAUAUUAACAUUAAGCUUUUGCCGUUAAAGAUAAAACUUUUGAACACGAAGGCAGACACAUCAGCCCACGAUUCAAUAAGUGUGAUGUUUCGAUGCACAUAAUUAUCACUACUUACCUUCAGUCAGCGACUUCAGUGAGCGAUGAUUAUAUAUUCAGUUUCCCUUACCGACUCUUUAUUAAGUUGGGGCGCUUUUGAGUUUUCAUUAGUUCACUCAGUACAGCUUCAUCUUUCUUUGAAGGUGCAAGAGGUUCCAUGCAGUAAUGCUAAAUUGAAAGAAGGACUAGUUCCUGGACCUAUUCUUCACAUCUCACUUUCGGAACCAGUUCAGCCAUUAGCACCUGUUAGGCUCACAAUCCCUGUUACACUCCGGGAAGACGUACCCAAAUGUUCGGGUUAUUCGACCGCUGACGUUAGGAUAUUUUUCCGAACCUCUGAAGAGGAUGAAAGAGAAUGGAAUGAAGUCACAGAGCAGUUAGAAAAUAUAGCGGUUCUUGAAAAUGGGUCAAUAACGUUUACAGUUAAACAUUUCUCAAAGUAAGUAUACUCUACUGGCUGUUUCGAAAGCAGCAAUAAACUGCAAAGCAUUCACGUAGGUAGGGUCUUUACGAAUCUUUAGAGAGAAGACAUGCAUCAUUAGGAGACACUUGGGUGUACAAAAAUGUGGACGUCUUAGUUAGAACAACAGAAAAGAGACUAAUUACAAGAGCAAAGGAAACCAAACGACUAGAUUAUUAUUUUAAAUCCGAUUCGUCACCUAUAGGUAUUUAUUGCAAACCUUAAUCGACCUUUCGGGGAUCUCAGUUUAUUACACAAAUCGCGGUAUGACUCGCUUAUUAACGAGAUCUUGUGGGAGCGCAAUUUUUUUUUUGUCCGCCCUCGACGGACGUAGACAGAGGCAUGUUACGCAUGCAAGAGUUUUUUUCGACGUGAGUUGAAAUGGAAUACCAAGUACUGAUGUUUGCAUUUUUCUGAAAGAAAAAGAGCCUUAAAAGAGCUCCCCGAUCAGUGGCGAGCAACUUUUUAAAGAAACCUUCAAAUUUAUCUGAACUAAACUCAGACACGCGUAUUUACUGUUGGCAAAAAAAAAAAACUACAUUGAUGUCAUGCUUCCUGUAGUCUCAUUCCCCCGUUGCACUCUUUCCUUCGCUGCGUGACGAGACCAAGCAGCGGCCUGUUCGCAGACUAAGGCAAUGCUUACUGUCGUUCCUUCGUCAGCGAAUUUGAUUGAUAGCAAAUGUCUCAGCACGGUGAAUUGCGUGAGAAAUUUUCUUAGUAGAGUAGGAUUAUGUCAUAUAAUUUAGGUUGUUUACUGGAAAAUGGCAUUUAAUCUGAGAAAGUCUCUUAGUAAAAAAUUUGGUUAUUUUGCUUAAGGCUGAGAAUAUAUUUUUAACAAUUCUGAGGACUGGGUUUAUUCCUUUGUCCUGGUUAAAAGUUAUACGUCGAUCAAUUCGAACCUUCAACAUACCCACACGGGCAACCUCUGGUCCUUUGAACUUUUGAAGAUUGGUUCGUUCAAAUUCCCGGCACCCCAUGGGCCAAAUUGUGUCUAAAUUCCCCACUCAAGUGCCGUAUUUUAUUGUCAAUUACCCCUCUUCCAAAGAAAAAAUGUUUAAAUGGCGAGAAAAAAGGCAUGGUUUAUGGCCUUUCGCUUGUAAGCAUAAUUGUAACAUGUGAAAUUUUUUCAUACUAUUGUGCCCACUGAAUGCAAGACCUUGGAAUGAAUUAUAGUUGAUAGUAAUUGAGGGAGGUUGUUUCAUAUUUAUAGCGUUUUUUUAUUCACUAUCCAAUAGCUGUUCAUGCAUGCUUUGCGGACAAAAACUUUUUUGUGAAAAUGGCAAGAUCAGCGCUGCGACUUUCUACUCAUUGGCUGGUGACUGAUUUGACUAUUCAAGCUGUAAAACCUAAAAAUCGCACUACUCAAUCUCAAAAAAAUUUGCACAGCGUUCGAAGACCUUUUUUUCCCCUAUUCUUAAACUUUAUUAUCUGGAAAAAGAGCUCAUUUUUACCGCUGGCAGGACUUGACACUUCUAAUUCAAGUUCGUACUUCCGAUUCAAAUGCCCCACCGGGCAAGGUUCAAAUUUCCCACCCACGGAAAGGUCUUUUUGAUCGAAUUCUCCUCCUUCUUGGGUAAGGACGUCAGUCAAAUGUCCGUGGGUUGUCCGGGAGGGGGGGGUUGUUGAAACUUCGGAUUGAUCGGUGCAUUAGCAGUUACUCUGUGAUUCUAAGCGAGCUGGAGCCCAUUACCCGCAGCCUCCAUACCAAUUGUACCCUUGAGUCAACCCAGUCCCGAAUCUUUUUAUUUUUAGAACUGAGAUACGUGGGGGGUUUUUUAAUUUCCCGCGAAAACACGCUGACGUUCGCAUAACACCCUAAAAAAAAUGGUAAACUUUCCGCGCCUUUCGCCAUGAUUGAAAUACUGUCGAGCGGCCUGCAUGUGACGUAAACAAUAGAGGACCACAGCUCUCUUAUGAUUAGCUAUUAUGUAAACACCCGCGAAAAACCCCGAAGGGUAAGUAUGGAAGAUGGAAGCUCCGGGUAAUGAGCUCCUGACGCAAGAGAUUAUUUGUUUAUAUUCUCUUGUUCUAGAAUGUGCGCGCUCUGAUGAUGAAUGAUUGGGAUGCUCUCUUUACUUUGAUGACUAUUUGAAUAGAUGUUGUUAAGUUUGUCUCGUUUUCCUUUAGGUACUGGGUUUGGAUUGAUCGAUUGAAAUCACCCUUUGCUAUCCUAAAGAAUCUUGCCGAUGACCUCUAUAGAAGACUGAUGUCACAAGAAGUAGGAUUUUUUGCUCGAUUAUAUGCAACAGAAAAUGCCAGGAUCUACAUGCUGACUCUUUGCUGCUUCCCACUCCAUCUUAAAGAACAAGUACAAACUCCUCUAUCUCCAGAUCUUCGCCGCGUUUGUGCUCAAGGGGGAGGAAACUCGCAAAAGCCACUGUGUAAAGAAGAUCGGAUGUCUGUGUCUCUUUCCAAAGCAUUUACUUUGAUGCAAGAAGAAAAUCUAGAUAACUUCUUGAGGUGGGUUUAUUAAUUUUUGUUCAUCCUAUUUCCAUUGUGUCCGGCAACUUGGAGUAGUUGCGUGAUGAGAAACAUAUCUUCUGCCUGGACAAUAAGAAAUACAUAGUAUUUAGUCUUGGUUUAAUUUGUUAAUGCUAGGUUUCUCGGAAGUGAAUCUUUUGAAGGAAGUGUGCCUGUAUCCAUUAGCGACUUUAGUAACCUGCAAGCAGAGUUGUACACGAAGGUGCAAUUUAACAAGGACACAUUAUGCACACUGUAUUUCAUUCCCACCUUUCCAGAUCAGGUAUGUAUUAUGUGAAGUUGAAAAUAUUGAACUAGGGGAGUAUAUUUUGAUUAGGAGCUGUUUUAGAAACGUAAUUUUUGAAGCUCUUUCCCUCGGGCUGAGUAACUCUCAGGAUUCACCAACCCAAAAAAACCUCCGUCUAUGCGAAGGUUUUACACCCCUCGCGCUGCCGUGCAAAGUGCGAGGGGUCUUCAAAGAAGAUUAAGUUAGCUCUUACAAAUAAUUCCUUCACUGUACUUCUUUUCAAUUUCAUCAUCUUGUAUCGUUGCAUCUAUUUGGCACUGGUGACGUUAAGUUAGACUUAAAUUGCCACUGGCAGAGCUAAACUACUCUUUUUGUGGGAUAUCUAGUUAGACAGUUUGCUGCAGCCUGAGUUUUGCAGAUUGUUAGUGAAAAUAAAAUGAAGACGCUACUACAUGAGCGAUUUUACGUCCCUGUGAAAUUACGAGAAUGAAUCACAACGGAAAUGGCACUCAAACUCGCAACAAAAAAUCACUAGUGGGAAUGGCUGGUAGUGUAUAGGAUUUUCUUUUAAAAUGAUCGACGACCAUCAUAUCACAUGCGCACUAGAGUCUCCUCGGCUUUGAAGGACUCUAGCUUGGUAAAGGCACAGGGCAUAGUGUAUAUUGUUAGAGAGUCAAAUGUACCAAUUGACAACAAUUUUCUUGCGACAAGGCCAGAGAACUGAUAAAUAUAAAUGUCGGAUAUAAUAUUUUUCUAAGAGAUUAAGUUUCUCUGUUCCAGACCUCUUCUCUCAGGAACUUGCCUUCUACAACACAGGUAGCCACGCCUGAACAAAAGGACGAUCAGGUGAAAAAGGUAACGUUCUAAAAUAUCAAAGAAAAUAGCUACAAGAAUUAGCAAUUUCAACCGACCCUUCAAAUAUCCAUAGUUUUCAAUGAAAUAUGUCCCUAUCUUUCCAGAUCUUAAACUUGCUAAUGGAUCAAACAAAAAGAUUUAUUCAAAGUUCCGUGCUAUUUACAUUUCCCUCAGCUUAUGUUCAAUAUCACUGAUACUCUAUCAUAUGAGUCGUCAUCAAAAAAAUUUGAUGAUAAUUCAUCACUAUUUUGAUUUUGAUGAAGUCACGAGCUUCGUUUUAAGGUAUCAGUUCGUUAAAAUUGGUUAUGUUGUCUGAUCGUCCAGGUGAGUGUAGUCCUGACGACCCUGGGGACUGUUGUCGGUAGUAGUGACUGACGUUUUGACAAACUCAGCAGAAUUCAAAAUCAGACGGUCCAUUGAAGAGUUGUUGCCAGUCGAUUGUUUUAUGUCCGGUUUGCACACCCUGAUAGAAUAAGUAGAGAACUUUAAGGUGGGUUUUUAGUUGAUGUAAUUCAUCGCACGUUUCUAUAACCCUGUUAUGUUAUUUCAGGUUGCGCUGGAAUCCAGCACAGCUUCCCUUUCACCGAAAGCACCUGAAGAAACAGCUUCAAAUAAUUUCUCAAAAGAAGCUUUGAAAGUUACAAUCCUAGCAGACGAGUGGAAUUCACUAAAAGGUGGAUUAUCGACGUUUAACAGAGAACUUGCUAUUCAUUUAGCAAGCCGUUCCGAUACUCAAGUCACUGUCUUUGUUCCUCACGGUGCAUGUGGAGAGGAAGAAAAAGAAGCAGCUGCGAAAGAUUGUGUUACUAUUAUUGAGGCAGAAAAACUUAUUGCAUGCUCUCCUUCCGAACAAUUGUUUUUUCCACCGAAAGACCUUCGAAUCGAUGUAGUAAUUGGUCAUGGCGUGAAGCUUGGUAAACAGGCGCAGAAGAUUAGAAAAUCUCAUGGCUGCAAGUGGGUUCAAGUAGUGCACACUGCUCCGGAUGAACUCGGUAUGUACAAGGACUAUCCGGAAGCUAUCGCACGCAGUGAAGAAAAGAACCAGGAUGAGGUUAGUCUAUGCAAAAUAGCUGAUCUUGUCAUGGCAGUUGGGCCUAAAUUGAAAGGUUUCUACUCCAAUCAUCUACGCUCUGUCAACGAAGACCAAAAUGUUGUGGAAUUUACACCGGGAAUUAUGAGAGAUUUAACUAAUGUUAAGCAGUCGCCCAACGAGAAUGACGUGUUUCAGGUCCUAAUGUUUGGGCGUGGUGACGAGGAAGACUUCAAGCUAAAAGGCUACGAUAUUGCUGCUGGGGCAUUUGCAAGUCAUGAGCUGAAAAACGAUUCCUAUCAUCUCACGUUCGUUGGAGCGGCCCCACGAAAGCAAGAGGAAUUUGCAGCAAAGGUUCUCCAACAUGGCAUUUCUGAAAACCAGCUGUCUGUCAAAGAAUAUAUAAAGGAUAGAAAUCGAUUAAAAGAGCUGCUUCUUCGUAUGGAUCUGGUGAUCAUGCCUUCAAGGACGGAGGGAUUUGGACUCACUGCUCUCGAGGCCUUAUCCGCUGGUUUGCCCGUUCUUGCUGGCCAUAACUCAGGCUUUGCAAAAGCGAUGCAGGAGGUAGAAUUUGGAGAACUCUGUGUAGUUAACUCCGAUAAUCUCGAAGACUGGUCAAAAGCGAUCAAGAAGGUCCGUCAAAAGGAGAGAAGAAAGCGGCUUCAAGAGAUGCAACGACUGCGGGAAUCUUAUGGACAGAAGUACAGCUGGGAGGAACAAUGCAAGAUUCUUGUAAGGGAGAUGAAGAGAAAAGUUUUUGGUAGGCAGGUUCUUUUUUUCCUUUCUAUCCUUGGUUUAUUCAAAUCUUUGACAAUUGAAGCAAUGAUUUUUUUUUUUGAGUCUGCUUUUUAUUUCUUUUUCUCUUUUGCUGUUCAUUUAUUCGUUUUUCUCGUCAUUCAUUUAUUAAUUCCUUGAUUUAUCUAUUUAUUUAUUUAUUCAUUCACUCCUAACUCUUUCUCCUUCCUUCUUUCCUUCAUUCAUGUCUUCCUACCUUUCUCUCUUUCUUCUUUCCUUCAUUCAUGUCUUCCUACCUUUCUCUCUUUCUUCUUUCCUCUUUCCUGCCGGCUAUUCCAUCAUCUCUUUACCAAUAUUUCUACUACUACUAGAAAAUCAACUUACAUUCUCUAAAAUUGCAGAUUUAAGCCUUUAAUUACUCUUAUACUUUUCAGCGUAGAACCUCAGUACAUCGAUAAUAAACCUAUCAAGACACCGUGAGAAACAACAUGGUUAUUGAACUCAGAAUUGUUUACUACUGAAGAAGCUUGACGAUUAACGUCUUUCUUAAAUUUUUUAUUUCAUUAUAUUAGCCAGGAAAACGUUUGCUCAAACCAAGAUUUGUAAGAUCAUCAGAUUUAGAUGUACAUAUUCUAGUUUUGAUAUAAAUUUCCUCGUAGUGCAAUACUGAAGUUUAAAAGUCACAUGUUUCACCUAGAGACCGAACCAACAGUUUAGAAGAGGGUAUGUUACUCGUAGACACUAAAUGGACAUUAUAUUUGUUGUCACUUCCUGACUUUUUUUGACGACAAAGCUAUGCAACUUUAUCUUAUUUGAGCUAAAAAGCUUUUCUCCAUGGACACGAACUAUUCUUGCUGCGUGAGAAUCCAUCACAUCUGCGUGGAGAAUUGUGACUCAGAGACGCGAAGAUGUGAUAUAAUGUUCUAGUAGUGGAGCAAUUUUCAGAUAAGUGUCGACAGUUAUCCGGGAGUUAUCCUUCAACGUGCCCUGUGAUUGGCUUAGACAACUCACGGCAACUGAUUUUAACCAAUAAAAUGCAAACCAAAAACCAUCGCUACUUAGUCACUGACGUUUUCGGUCAGGUAGUUUUCCUUCAAGUAGUUUGCGUGUUUUUUAUUUUAUUUUCGUUACUUUGAGUUUAUGACGAUUUCUUGAGAUCAUUUUUUUUUCUGCUUUGAUCGACGGUCAUGAUUAGACACCGGAACGAAAAGCGCUCCAAGAAUAAUAGGAAUUGUUUUACCACGAGAAAUUUACGAUGAUUUGUUCGAACCUCCAUCGACCUUACUGUGAAACUAUGUAGUACUUAAUCGUUCAACAAGCAAGAACUCGAGCAAAUCAACGAUUUUAAAGCUAAGUCUGUUAACGCCCAUCAAAGAAGAUAACAAAACACGGCUACUUUGAUGCAUAAAAUUGAAACAAAUACUUGGUGACUCACACUUUUAAGGUUGCAAAAAUAUGUUAUCGAGAAUUUGAAGAUUAUAGCAUUCUUUAUCCUUAGUUAUCUAUGUCGUUUUCUAGACCAGCACACUUUAGUUGACACCCUAGUGAUGUUUUGGACAACAUCUAUGGGAAUAUGCCCGACCAGCCGGGAAAAAACGUGAUUCUCUAAAGUAUGAGACAAUUGUAUAACAACAAUAAGACAUGCUUUUGUAAAUCCGUUGGAAAAUAUAAUCUUUCAAAUAAACAUACUGCCAUC